AGUAGCUAAUCCGCGUCCGGUUUACCCCGCCACGGUCUUUGAUGGUUCUCACGCAACUUGCGUCCCCAACCCUCGUCUUCUUCAUCACCCUCUCUCGCGCAGUCUUCUGAUUUCAAAUCGCCAUGGCUUCUUCUUCUUCAGAUUCUAAGGACGAAAAGCCAGUCGUUGUUAGGGUUAAAAGGAAAUCCUCUCAAGAACCCCUCGAUGCUUUCUGGUUGGAGAUCAGCGAAAGACCACUCAAACGCCCGUUCUUGGAUUUCCAGAAUCUUUCAAUCUCCGAUUCUUCCGCCAUUAAAGAGGAGUUGAAGACCAAAAAGCUUUUAGUGCAGCAUUUGGAGACAGUAAGCAGCUCUGAGGCCACAAAAGAUAUUCUGCAAUCAGUUAGGCCAAAUUCUGGCGAUGUGAAGGAAUUCAGAAUGAAGCUUGAGGAGCGGAGACACAGGUUCAAGCAAGAUAAUAGACAUGAUCAGCUUCGGUCAACAGCCAGGCAAAAGCACGAGGACCUAGUGAAAAGUGCUCGCUUUGAACAAAUAUGGAAGAGACGAAAGGGAAACAAGGGGGCAGUUCCUGAUGAUUCCUUGCAUGAAUUUUGUCAUCUUUAUGAUGUUGUCCGUGUUGAUGUUGGGGAGGAAAGGUCCAGCAACGUGCAAGAAACUUCCCAUUUGGACGACAAUGCCAUUUUAUGCAACUAUCUGCCUUUAAUAAGAGAGUUCCUUCCAGCCGCUGCAUCAGAGAUUGAAUCUGACAUGGCCUCUUACAGAUGUGAACAAGAUGGCUAUGUGUAUGACUUGUACACUGUUGGGAAUGAUUUGAGUAUGACCGUUGAAGAUGAUUGUACCAUGUAUCCGCUGGUGCAAGUGGACAACGACGAUGAUUACUACGAUGGCCCAUUGCAGUGUGAGUUUGAAAGUGAUGACUCAAAUGCUGAAGACAAUCCAUUGAAUGAUUAUCCUGAUGAGGAAUCAUCCGACGAUGAAGAAGUUGGGAGCAAAAGCUCGUAUGACCAGUCAGAGGACGAUGGCUCUGCAUGUGAAGAUGAAGAAGAGAUCCUUGAUGGCGACGAUGAAGAUGACUGGAGAUGGGAGCAUCGUUGAGUUUGCCAUGAGAGAGAUGGUUCUCUCUUUGUAUUCUACCGCAGAGUACAGAAGGCUAUGGUCCUUUUGGUGAUUUUAGUUGAAUGUUAGUCUUCUGUCUUCUAUUUCUCUGCAAGUCUUUUUUGCUAUAGAAGCUAUAUAUGUUGUUUGAAAUUCCAUCUCUAACUAAUCAGUUUUGCAGGGUUCCGUGA